GUAAGAAGUAGGAAGAAGAGGAUGAGACAUCCACCAUCCUCUCUCUCUUCUCUUCUCUUCUCUUCUCAGUCACUACGGAGUACCAGCAUCACCAUCACCAUCACAGUAGCUAGUCACUGGCUUAUCUUUUCUCGUUCUUGUAGAAUUUCAGUUUCGAGUUUCCAGUUCCAGUAUCUCGGAUGCUGUGCCGAUUCCACCAGUCAUACCGAGUCACUCGCUAUACCAAGUACUACUACCAGUCUACCACUGACUACUACGCACUUUUCUUCCUCUUUUUCCCCUUUGGAUCUCGUGUUUGCCCCUCAUUUUGGCGUUGCAUGGUGCACGAUGGUGGCAUGCUAAUUACUAACUACAGUACUAGUUAAUCAAGUCUCCGUAGCACUCGAGGCUUCAAGGCGCUUGUCGCUCAUCACAUAUUACGAGCUACACUGCACAUAUCCUCCUCUCCUUCAUGUUCCUGAUCGCCAACCAAAGUUCCUCCCUGCACGAGUCCUGCACGAGUAUCUGCACCUAUACCUGGUCCUGUUCCAGUUGCAGUUCCUGUCGGCGUCGCCACCUCGUCUGCCGUGUACGAAUACCGAUUGCAAGACCGAUCUGAAAUCCUUUCCGCGGCCCCAAUCUCAAAGGGCCUGCAUGUCCCUCCCCGGUUGAAUGCCCCAUCGACCAUUCAAUUCAGCCCAGGUGUCCAGACUACUCGGUAGUCGCCUUUUUUGCCGGCCGUCGCCUCCAUCGCUAUUCUCCAUCUCCAUCUCCGUUCCCUUCCCUCGGGUCGUCAAAAGUUCUUUCAACCAACUCUUCUACGAGGUUACGAGGUGGUCAAAACUCGCACUGACCACUCACCUUUUGGCUUUUGCGGAUGGCUAUCAAUUAAACGAUUUUCCUCAACGCUUGGACCAUCUACUCCACCUCGAUCACGACGUUACCUCAUUUCUACUGAGUCAAACAUAGCAUGUCCGACUCUGACACUGGCACUGGCAUAGACACAACCGCACUCAUACCAACUGUCGUCGCUGCCGAAACCCUCGACUCGCCCAUGGAGCCCGAUUCAAAUUCCAGCCACUCCUCCGACCUAGACAGUUUCGACACUCGCUCCCUCCACGCCAGCGUGCUUGACUACCCUAUGUACUGGGGCCGACGUUACCACCGGUACAAAGAAGGCAGUUAUCUGUUUCCCAACGACGAGCAUGAAACCACCCGCCUAGACAACCAACACGAGAUUAUCAACCGCCUACACAAUCGUCUAUACUUCGCACCCCUCGACCCGGACACGACUCGCACUGUUCUCGACCUGGGCACGGGCACAGGUCAAUGGCCCAUUGAACUCGCCGACUCAAACGCCCUUCCGCACGCAACCAUUACAGGCAUCGACCUCUCGGCCGUCCAGCCCAUCGAUGUCCCGAGUAACGUGUGCUUCGAAAUUCAAGACUGCAGCGAACACGACUGGCUCCGUCCCUUCGGAAGUGUCGAUUACUGCCACGUACGCUUCCUGGCCGGCAGUCUCGUCGAUUACGAGGACAUGAUCCGCACGGCGCGCAAAUACAUCACCCCGGGGACGGGUUGGAUGGAGAUCCAAGAACUCCUCCCGACGCCCGUGUCGGACGACAACACCAUCCCGGAGAACUGGCCACUCAAGGCCUGGGACGACAAUCUCGAAUACGCGUCCACAAAGGCCCUUGACCCGCCGAGGCCCGUCCGUGUCGCGGCCGACGUGAAACCGUGGAUGGAACGGGCUGGCUUUGUCGACAUCCACGAGCAUGUAAGCAAAAUCCCGCUGGGCCCGUGGCCCAGGGACAAAAGGCUCAAGAACAUCGGUGAGUGGUGGAUGAGUAAUUGGAUGACCGGCCUGCCGGGCUUCACGUACAAACUGUUCGGUGGCGACGGCCUGCAGUGGACGAGGGAGGAGAUCGAGGUCAUGUUGGCGGAUGUGCGCAAGGCCGCGAAAGAUAAGGAUGUCCAUGCUUAUCAGCGCUAUUAUGUCGUCUAUGGGAGACGGCCGACCAAGCAGGAGGAAGAGCAGUUGCGGAGGAAUGGGUAUGGAUGAGAGUCUGGAUUUCCAUUGGAAAUUUUUCAGAGAACAUGGACCUGGACGCCUGCUGCUCCGGUCUGACUGGCUGGCUUGCUGGCUUGGGUACAUGCACCACGGCAAGGCGUGGCCGCACUCGACCACCAUUGAACAGUCUAACGUACUACCUCGAAUGCCCCGGGGAGAAGUCUCCGGCUACCGAUGGAGGUCUCUCAGACGAGGCGUCGGGAUGACCGAAUUGAAUCGAGGCUAGGCAUGUCAUGGCAUGACUUACUUCUUAUUUUCGGCCAAGAAGAGAAACAAGGGGAAAAGGAGCUUCUCCUACUUCUUUUUCGGCCAGCCUUUGGUGGUGGUGGGGAGAGGAUGAGUACCGCACUGCGUCAAAUCUGACGCCAGCCAGUCAAUGCUCGGCGCAAACAGCAAGAAACCGAACCAGAUCCAGAUACGCCCAAUAGACCAGGUAGCAAUACGGAGUACAACAGAGACAUUUAAGGGGGUGGUAAUGUAAUGAAGUUGGAUGGCACGGUUGGCUACGGAAACACGGACACGACGAUACGAAAAAGGCGUUCAUUGGAUACCCCGGCACGACCGACGAAGAGGCAAUGGGCAUAUAUACAUAUAUAUAUCGGGAUAUCUCUUUCGGACACUGGUGGCUUUACCAUGAGCCUUUCCCAAGAAGGAGGGCGGCCUAUUCACUUAGUAUACGAGUACUGUACACCCUCCAAAGGGGAGGCAAACAGCUUUGUUCACGCUAGAUCCACCAACCACGGAGACGGAAAUGAAGGUCAAGAUCAAGAGAAGUAAAGAGAAGCACGGCUGCUGGUGUGACAUACCCCCUACAAGUAGAACAAACAGGGGCAUACGGCAUGAAGCGGAGCGGCCUAUUUGUAGUCUGAUGAGGAAAGCCUGUUUGGAUCAAUCAAUUACAUUACAG